AUGGCUCUUCCAGAGUCUCGUGACAAUCGUCACCCAAAUGAAGACAACAAGCAGCCAAGCAAGAAAUCCAAUAGUCGGAAAAUACGCCGAAGGAAUGACGACUUCGAAGAAAGAUGGGGUGAUGAGGAGGCCUUAGAGGAAGAAGAGACCUUCGAGGAAUCACCAAACAAACGUGUCCGCUUGAACAAUGGCUCUUUCUCACCGAAAACUCCCGAGCCGGAGAUGGAUGAGGAGACUAGAAGGCGUUUGGAGGAGGAGAAGGACAUUGCAGAAAGAGACGAAUUCGCUCGAAGGUUGAACCUUAAAGAUGCGGAAAAGAGUAAGAAGAUCACCGAAGAUAGGUCCGGCAGGAAGAGUGAGAAGGAGGCUCAGAGACGGCGUGCCAUGGCCGAGGAUGCAGCCAACAAGGAAGCAGCUAUGGAAGCUUUGCGGAUCCGAUCCAGGCAGGAAUAUUUGGGCAAGCGAGAGACUGAGCAGCUCGCCCUGCUACGAAAGCAGGUGAACGAAGAGACGGACGAGCUCGAGUCAGAUCCGGACCUAAGCAAAGCUGAAAAGGCAGAAUUUGCCAAGAACAGAGAGCUACUACGUCUUGCGGAGGAACGGCAGCAAAUUGACGACUACAGGGAUGGAUAUAUGCUACCGGAGGACUACAUCACAGAGAAGGGCAAGAUUGAUCGGAAGAAGAAAGAAGACGCUCUCUAUAAACGGUAUGUGGACAAGGACGAGCGUGGUCAGGAGCGAUUCGUCACUGAGCAGGAGGAAUGGGAGCAAGAGCAGACAGCAAAGGCCAAAGCACAAAUUGUUUCUCAAGAACGAGUGGACGAGGGCAAUUACGAGUUUGUGUUCGAUGAGGCACAAAAGAUCAACUUUAUCAUGGACACAAGACUUGAAAGCGAUGCUAAGCCUAUGACUAAAGAGCAACGGCAAUUCCAGGAACAACUGAGAGUUGCUGAGGGGAAAGCUGAGAAGAUUGAGGACACUAGGAAGAGCCUACCGAUAUACCAAUUCAGAGACGAUCUGCUUCAAGCUAUCAACGAUUAUCAAGUGCUGAUCAUUGUGGGAGAGACGGGAAGCGGGAAGACCACUCAAAUACCCCAAUACCUUCACGAGGCUGGAUAUACCAAGGACGGAAUGAAAGUUGGCUGUACGCAGCCACGGCGAGUCGCUGCUAUGAGUGUUGCAGCUCGUGUAGCUGAGGAGAUGGGCAAGAAAGUUGGCAAUGAAGUCGGUUAUUCCAUCCGUUUCGAAGACAAUACGUCCGACAAGACGAUCUUGAAAUACAUGACUGACGGCAUGCUCCUUCGAGAGUUCUUGACAGAGCCGGAUCUUGGAGCAUAUUCAGCACUCAUGAUCGAUGAAGCUCACGAACGUACGCUUCAUACAGACAUUCUCUUCGGCUUGGUUAAAGACAUUGCCCGAUUUCGACCUGAACUCAAACUCCUCAUUUCCUCUGCGACAAUGGACGCUCAGAAAUUCGCCCAAUACUUCGAUGAUGCUCCAAUAUUCAACAUCCCUGGCCGACGUUAUCCCGUAGACAUCCACUACACACAACAGCCUGAAGCCAAUUACCUCGCCGCAGCCAUCACCACCGUCUUCCAAAUCCAUAGUUCUCAAGGCAGAGGUGACAUUCUCGUCUUCCUCACUGGCCAAGAAGAAAUAGAAGCUGCCGAGCAGAACCUGCAGGAGACAGCUCGUAAGCUAGGCUCCAGAAUACCUGAAAUGAUCAUCUGCCCAAUCUACGCCAAUCUCCCUUCCGAGCUUCAAGCCAAAAUCUUCGAGCCCACACCCCUAAAGUCCCGGAAAGUUGUCCUCGCAACCAACAUCGCCGAAACCUCCCUCACCAUCGACAAUAUUGUCUACGUCAUCGAUCCCGGCUUCGUCAAAGAAAAUGUCUACAAUGCCCGAACAGGCAUGGAGUCGCUUGUCGUCGCUCCCUGCUCCCGUGCUUCAGCUAAUCAACGCUCUGGUCGUGCUGGACGUGUCGCACCUGGGAAAUGCUUCCGAUUGUACACCAAAUUCGCUUUCCAUAACGAGCUUGAUGCUAGCACGAUGCCUGAGAUUCAACGUACGAAUCUGAACUCUGUAGUCCUACUCCUCAAAUCGCUCGGCAUCAACGACCUCGUCUCUUUCGAUUUCAUGGACCCACCACCCGCAGAAACACUGAUCCGCGCUCUCGAAAACCUGUACGCCCUCGGCGCCCUCAACGACCGUGGCGAGCUCACCAAGUUGGGACGACAGAUGGCCGAAUUCCCAACAGACCCAAUGCUUGCCCGCGCCAUCCUCGCCGCAGACGAAUUCGGCUGCGUCGAAGAAGUCCUUUCUGUCAUCUCCAUGCUAGGCGAGAGCUCCUCACUCUUCUACCGGCCAAAAGACAAGAAAUUGCUCGCCGAUAGCGCAAGAAACCGCUUCACUGUGAAGGAAGGCGGUGACCAUCUCACGCUUCUCAACAUCUGGAAUCAGUGGCUUGACAGCGACUUCAGCUACGUCUGGUCACGCGAGAAUUUCCUACAGCAGCGUUCGCUCACUCGAGCUAGAGACGUCCGCGACCAGUUGGCGCGCCUUUGCGAUAGGGUGGAAGUCACCCUCUCCUCUUCCGGCGCUAACGACAUAGUGGCGAUCGCGAAAGCCAUGACGGCGGGGUUCUUCCCGAAUUCCGCUCGCUUGCAGAAAGGUGGAGACUCUUACAGGACGAUCAAAAAUGGGCUGAGCGUGUACGUUCAUCCGAGCUCUACGGUCAACGAAAGGGCGGGCCAGGGAGGGGAGAGGGGCAGUGCGGGAAUCAAGCCGAAGUGGGUUGUUUACUAUGAGUUGGUAUUGACGAGUAAGGAAUACAUGCGGGGUGUGCUGCCGAUCAAGCCGGAGUGGUUGGUUGAGGCUGCACCGCAUUAUCAUAAUAGGAAAGAGUUGGAUGAAUUGGGGAUUGAUAAGAAAGUGAGUAAAGGCACCGGGGCGGUGGGCGUGAAGAGCAAGAUUUGA